AUGAGCGCAGACGUGCAGGCUAAGUCCGGCGCAGAGCCAAGGUCGGGCGCAGCAUCGAGCCGCAGCGAGGCGGAGCACGAGGCCGCGUACACAGGGCCCGGGACCAAGGAGGAAUUCCAGGACGCGCGGCAGAGCGAUGGCCAGGCGGCAAGAGACCACAUUGUGCGCCUGAUGGCACGCAGAACCAGCUCCGUCGGCGAAGAGGAGGACCUCGACCCAGAGGUUCUGUCGCGCGUGGAGACACUGGCGCGCACGCUUUCCAGCCACAGGAUGCGGAACGGCGUGCUGCAGGUUGACCCCGAUGACUUCGACGCAGAGGCUAUCAUCCGCGCGCACGUGCGCGGCAGCGAGGAGCAGGGCAUCCACCUGCGUCGCGCAGGCGUAAUCGGUGAGAACUUCACCGUAGUAGGCAAGGACUGCUCUUCAGUCGAGGCACAGACAUUCGAAGAUAUACUGCUGUUGCCCCGGACCAUCUUCCGUGGCAUCCGCGAGGCUAAGAACCGCAAGACCAGAGACAUUGUGAGAAAUGCCAACAUACUCGCACGGCCCGGGGAAAUGAUCCUGGUGCUCGGCAGACCCGGCGCUGGCUGCUCGUCCUUUUUAAAGACGGUCUCAGGUGAGGUUGACAACUUCGAAGAGGUGCGCGGAGAAAUCAGCUACGACGGGAUUUCCCAGAAGGAAAUGAUGGCCAAGUUCAAAACCGACGUGAUCUACAACGGCGAGACCGACGUGCACUUCCCGCACUUGACGGUCCAGCAAACACUCGACUUUGCGCUUUCGUGCACCACGCCGCAGAAGAGGCUGGACAACGCGUCCAGGUCCGAAUACAUCACCGCCAUGCGCGAGCUCUACGGUACCAUUUUCGGUCUGAGGCACACCUACAACACCAAGGUCGGAAACGACUUUGUCAGAGGUGUUUCUGGUGGUGAGCGUAAGCGUGUUUCCAUCGCCGAAGCACUCGCUUCAAGGGGUUCUAUCUACUGUUGGGACAACGCGACCAGAGGUCUUGACGCCUCCACUGCCUUGGAAUUCGCCCAAGCCAUCAGAAUCAUGACCAACCUCCAGAAGUCUGUCGCGUUCGUCACAAUCUACCAGGCCAGUGAAAACAUCUACGAAUGUUUCGACAAAGUCACUGUCCUGUUUGAUGGUAGACAGAUCUAUUACGGCCACGUAGAGGAUGCCAAGGCAUACUUCAAGAAAUUGGGUUUCUUGUGCCCAGCGAGACAGGCCUCCGCAGAGUUUCUCACAGCACUAACAGACCCCAACGGUCUCCAUGAAUACGUGCCAGGGUUUGAGAACAAAGUUCCCAGAACCGCAGAUGAGUUUGAGAAGCUGUGGCUAGAGUCUCAAGAAUACCAGGACCUUCUCAAGGACAUUGACAACUACAAAAGAGAAACAGAAGCAGAAAAAACAAAGGAACUCUUUUCAGCAUCUCUGGCCCAAGAGAAAUCCAAAUUAAAUCGCAAAAAGUCCAAAUACACUGUAUCUUUUGCCGAACAAGUCAAGCUUUGUACCAAGCGUGGCGUCCAAAGGAUAUACGGUGAUAAAGCAUACACCAUCACCAACUUGAUUGCCUCGAUCAUUCAAAGUUUGGUGUCUGGUUCCCUGUAUUACAACUUACCCUCCGGUGUAUCAGGCGCAUUUUCAAGAGGUGGUGUCUUCUAUUUCUCUAUCUUGUAUGUCUCCUUGAUGGGGCUUGCAAAAAUCAGUUUAGAUGGCAGACCUGUCGUUCAGAAACACAAGUCAUACUCUCUAUACCAUCCAGCGGCAGAAGCGCUUGCAACUUCACUUUCGGAAUUUCCAUUUAGAUUUUUGAGUCAAACAUGCUUCUACAUUAUCAUCUACUUCCUUUCUGGCCUGACAAGAGAAGCGAACAGAUUCUUCACCUCUUUCCUGUUCCUCAUUUUAUGUUCUGAGUCCAUCAAUGCCUUCUUUGAGUUGAUUACAGCUUUCAGUUCAUCGGUUGCUCAGGCUAAUUCGAUUGCAGGUACCAGUCUUAUGGCGCUGGUUCUGUACUCAACCUACAUGAUCCAACUAGAGUCCAUGCACCCCUGGUUCAAAUGGAUUUCAUAUUGUAUUCCUAUCAGAUACACAUUUGAAAGUAUGCUGAAUUCGGAGUUCCACGCCAGAAAGAUGGACUGCACGGGAAGUAUCAUCCCCGCUGGUCCUGCUUACGCUAACGUAGCCACUGAAAACCAGGUUUGUGCUUUUGUGGGCUCGAAGCCGGGCCAAGAUUACGUUAAUGGCGAUGAUUACAUUAAGGCCAAUUAUGGCUACAAGUAUGAUCAUACCUGGAGAAACCUAGGAUUUCUGUUCGCUUUCUUGGCGGUUUAUGUCGCUUUAAAGUGUUUGAUUACAGAAUUGAACACUACAUCGAUGGGAUCGGGCGAUACAUUAGUGUUCAAGAAGGGGGCAAAGAGAGUUAGUCCCUCGUCAGAUGAGGAAAGUAGAGAGAAAUCGCUCACUAUGUCCGAGGCGAAGAAAAACUUGGACUCUAAUGCCUCCACUAGCGGUAGCUCUGCCGAGGCUCUUCAGGGACUAAAAAGUACGGGAAUCUUUAUCUGGAGAAACGUUUGUUACACUAUCCCUUACAGGGGUUCAACCCGUCGGCUGCUGGACAACGUGAGCGGUUACUGUGCGCCGGGGACAUUAACAGCACUAAUGGGUGAGUCAGGCGCGGGUAAAACAACCUUGUUGAAUACUUUGGCUCAAAGGAACGUUGGUAUCAUCACAGGUGACAUGCUUGUGAACGGUAAUCACAUUGACGCUAGUUUCGAAAGACGCACGGGUUAUGUUCAGCAGCAGGAUGUGCAUGUCAAAGAGAUGACAGUCAGAGAGUCUCUACAGUUUGCAGCUAGGAUGCGUAGACCUCAGUCUGUCCCUGAAGCGGAGAAAAUGGCAUACGUCGAAGAUAUAAUUGAAAUUUUGGAUAUGGAGGAAUACGCAGACGCGCUUGUCGGUGACGUUGGAUACGGUCUCAAUGUCGAGCAAAGAAAGAAGGUAUCCAUUGGUGUCGAGUUGGCCGCCAAGCCUGAUUUACUGCUGUUCUUGGAUGAGCCAACUUCCGGUCUUGAUUCGCAGUCAUCAUGGGCUAUUGUGCAAUUGAUGAGAAGACUAGCGGAAGCCGGUCAAUCUAUUCUAUGCACAAUCCACCAACCUUCUGCUACCCUUUUCGAGCAGUUUGACAGACUUCUAUUGUUAAAGAAAGGCGGACAGACCGUAUAUUUUGGUCCUAUCGGGAAAAACUCUCGUACCUUGCUAAAUUACUUCGAGGGAAAUGGCGCACGCAAAUGUGAACACACAGAAAAUCCUGCUGAGUACAUCUUGGAAGCUAUCGGUGCAGGUGCUACGGCAUCCGUGAAGGAAGACUGGCAUGAAAUUUGGACAAACUCCCCUCAGUUCAACGAGGCUAAUGAAGAAAUUGAAAACUAUCUCAGAGACUCAAAACAAAACUCCCCACCGGCCGAUAAGAAUGAGAAGAUCUCCAAAUAUGCGACAUCUUACUCUUAUCAGUUCAGAUAUGUGCUUCAAAGAACAGCCACCAUAUUCUGGAGAAAUUCUGAAUAUUUGAUUGCUAAAAUGAUGCUUUACAUUAGCGCUGGUUUGUUUAUUGGUUUUACCUUCUACAAUGUAGGAACAAGUUACCGUGGUCUGCAGAACACUAUGUUUGCUGCUUUCAUGGCUUUGAUCGUGUCAGCACCAGCUAUGAACCAAAUUCAAGCUCGUGCUAUUGCAUCGCGUGAAUUGUUUGAGGUCAGGGAGUCAAAAUCGAACACAUUCCACUGGAUAUUUUUGUUGCUUACCCAGUACCUGUGUGAGAUCCCUUACCAUCUCGUGUUCUCGACACUAUUUUUCGUGGCGUUCUAUUUCCCACUUAGGGUUCACUUUGCUGCAACCUAUUCCGGCGUUUUCUUCUUGAACUACUGUAUCAUGUUCCAGCUCUAUCUUGUGGGACUAGGUUUAAUGCUGCUGUAUGCUGCUCCAAACUUGCCUUCCGCUGGUGUUUUACUGAGUUUGUGUUUGUCCUUUUUGAUUUCUUUCUGCGGUGUUGUACAACCUGCAAGUCUAAUGCCGGGUUUUUGGACCUUUAUGUGGAAAGCGUCUCCCUACACCUACUUUGUGCAAAACGCAAUUAGUUUAGUUCUGCACAAGAAGCCAGUACGUUGCAAGAAAAACGAAAUGUCAUAUGUCAACCCUCCUGCAGGACAAACUUGCGGAGAAUAUAUGUCCGCGUUUUUGAAGACGGCUGCUGGUUAUAUCAACAACCCGAAUGAUACUGAAAACUGUGGAUACUGUGUUUUCGAGGUUGGUGACGAUUACCUGAGCCAGAUUAGCGUCAAGUACAGCUACUUAUGGAGAAAUUUUGGAUUUUUCUGGGUGUACAUUUGCUUCAAUAUCUUCGCGAUGGCAGUUUUGUAUUACAUUUUCCAUGUCAGAAGCUUUUCAUUGAAACAGACAAAAUUAGGGAAGAUGAUCAUGGGCAAGAUGAAGAAGGAGUGA